GGGGCGGAUCGCGGCGCGCGACUGAGCAUGCGACGUGGAAGAGGGGCUAGUAAGGGGUAAAGGAAGUGGGGCUGCGCAGGCGCAGUCCGACUGCCAGGCGGAUGGCAGCGGCCGGGGGCAGGAAGCCAGGCUCUCCGCGGGAUGCCGAGUCCGAGCUCCGGUCCCGCCGCGUGCGGGAGCUGGCGGGCGCCGGGCCUGGCAACCGUUACUGCUUCGAGUGCGGCCAGCGUGGCGUCACCUACGUGGACAUCACGCUGGGCAGCUUCGUGUGCACGGGCUGCUCUGGCGCGCUCCGGGGCCUGAACCCUCCCCAUCGUGUCAAAUCCAUUUCCAUGACUACCUUCACCGAGGCAGAGGUGCUGUUUCUGCAGUCCCGUGGCAACGAGGCCUGCCGGAAGGUUUGGCUGUGCUCCUUUGAUCCCCGCACAUCGCUGCUUCCAGACUCCAGGGACCCGCAGAAAGUGAAGGAGUUCUUGCAGGAGAAAUAUGAGAAGAAGCGAUGGUAUGUCCCGGUGGAUCAAAACAAAGGCACUGCCUCCCUGGCCAGCCAGAGCUCCACCCCAGAGGUGAAGCCACAGCAGGCACUUCUAGGGGACUCGGGGAUGCUGCUCACAGCUGCUGGAUCCAGCCGGGGCUUGGGCCAGCCCCACCAGCCGCAGCAGCGCACCCCACAGCCAGCCAAGAAAGCCAGCACUGAUCUCCUGGCGGACAUAGGAGGGGACCCUUUCGCCGCCCCCCAGCCAGCACCUGCCUUUGCCAUGUUUCCUGCUUUGGUGGGCCUGCCUCCAGCCCACACUGCGUUUGCCAAUUUUGAAGCCUUUGGGUCCAGCCCGGUAGCAUCAACAUUCGGGGGAGGCUCGGUGCCAUUCCACACCCAUCCGAUGCCUGCAGCCAGUCAGUCAGUCCCAGGAAGUUACAGCUUUGCAGGGGGUGCCCAGGUGAGCAGCUUUGGUGCCUCCCCCACCAGCUACCCUAGCAGCGGGAUCCCGGAGAUGGGCGCAGCACCUAGCAGCCUCUUCGGGACCCUAAGCCAGCCAGCUCUGCCUGUACCCAGCCCUGCGCCCGGCUAUGGAGCCUCCACCAACCCCUUUGCUGUGCCUGCUGCCCUGCCUGCCCGCACCUCCACCAACCCCUUCCAGCCCAGUAGCACGGUGCCAGAUUCCAGUUUUGAUGGAUUUGCUGCAGCCAAAGUGGGGCAGCCCGUUGGGAUCUCUACCAACCCCUUUAUGACGGCCACUCCGUCCACACCUUUUGUCAUCAAGCACCCAGCUACCAAUCCGUUCUUAUAGCAACGUGCCUGGCUCUUGGCUGGCAGUGCCCUUCCUGUCCGGUGGGGGCAGGCUGCUGCAGCGACAGAUCCUCGCCUCGCUGCCCUGAUGCCGCGGGGAUGGCCUGGACAAACUGCUUUAACUGCGAAGGCUUAUAAAGGAAUCUGCUGUGGAGAGCUGGCUGUUGGAGAGAGGAAUGGGGCCCAGCAGCAAGGCACUCUGGGACUUAUAGUUGGGAAUUUUGAAGUGGGCAGCAGUGCAUGCUGGGAAAAUAGAGGGGGAAUGAGGCCAGUCAGUGGGUGAGCUGGCCCUUUGAGGGGUGUGGGAUCCUGGCCCCAAUGCAAAUGGGGACUAGUGCUCCAGAUGGGACCCAUGGGGGGAGUUGGAGCAGGUAUGCAUACUGGGAAAGGGAGCACUCCUCCUCCUCCCAAGGAAUGGGGGCUCUACCUCUUCCCCCCCCCCCAAGCUCCUC